AUGUCGAUUCCAAUCUACGUCGUCGGCGCUGUCAUCGUAGGUAUCUUCCUGUACAGAUUCAUGUACGGGACCGACACACCGCACAUCAAAGGUCUUCCGGAAGUGCCCGGCCUACCUGUCUUUGGCAGCUUGUAUGAACUGGGCACAAGCCACGCAAAGGUCGCACAAGGAUGGGCAAAGAAGUACGGCCCAGUAUUCCAAGUCCGCAUGGGCAACAAGAGAAUCGUCUUUGCAAACUCCUUCGACUCCGUCCGCCACCUCUGGAUCACAAACCAAUCCGCUCUCAUCUCCCGUCCUAUGCUACACACCUUUCACAAAGUCGUCUCCUCAUCCCAGGGCUUCACAAUCGGCACUUCUCCUUGGGACGAGUCGUGCAAGAAUCGCCGGAAAGCGGCUGCCACGGCGCUCAACCGGCCAGCAGUGCAAUCCUACAUGCCGCUCAUCGACCUCGAAUCCACCGUGUCGAUCAAGGAACUACUCUCCGACAGCAAAGGCGGCGAGAUCGAUCUCGACCCGCGGGCGUACUGGCAACGGUACGCGCUCAACACCAGCUUAACGCUGAACUACGGGUAUCGAAUUGACGGCGACGUGGACGCUCCUCUUCUGAAAGAAAUCGUCGAUGUAGAACGGGGGGUGGGAAACUUCCGCUCGACAAGCAAUAACUGGCAAGACUACGUUCCCUUGCUACGUCUCUUCCCGAGUCAAAGUAACGAGGCGAUCAAGUUCAAGAACAGGCGCGAUGUGUACAUGGACAAGCUGCUCGAGACUCUGGAGGAGAAGAUCGCAAAGAGAACAGACAAGCCGUGCAUCACAGGGAACAUCAUCAAAGACCCCGAGGCCAAGCUGAACAGAGCGGAGAUAAAAUCCAUAUGCUUAACCAUGGUAUCUGCCGGCCUGGAUACCGUCCCCGGCAACCUGAUCAUGGGUAUCGCCUACCUCGCGACGCCCGCUGGCCAAAAGAUCCAAGUGCGCGCCCACAAAGAGAUAAUGGCCGCCUACCCCGCCGGCGACGCCUGGACACAGUGUCUGCACGAAGAGAAGAUACCCUACAUCACGGCGUUGUACAAAGAGAUACUGCGCUACUGGACAGUCAUCCCCAUCUGCCUCCCCAGAGUGUCUAUCAAGCCGAUCGAGUGGAACGGCGUCGUCAUCCCGUCUGGUACAACUUUCUACAUGAACGCAUACGCUGCCGACUACGACGCUGAGCAUUUCAAGGACCCGGGGACGUUCGAUCCGGAGAGGUACAUGAACGUGCCGGAUGGUGCCGGGACGCCGCACUAUGGGUAUGGUGCUGGGAGUAGGAUGUGUGUUGGCAGUCAUCUGGCGAACAGGGAGCUUUUCACUGCGUUCGUAAGACUGAUCAGUGCAUUCGAAUUCACACCACCAAAUGACCCGAGAGAUGAGGCGAUUAUGGACUGUCUGGAGGCAAAUGACCUACCUACCAGUCUGACCAUGGAGCCGAAGUACUUCAAGGUCGGAUUCAAGCCGAGGGACCGCAAGAAGCUCGACCAGUGGAUCAAGGAGAGUGAGCAGAGGACGAACUAUCUGAGGUAG